AUGGCAUUUACAAAUUCAAGAAUAAUAACAAACAAUACCAAUAUGUUAAUGACACCUCAAUUCUCUUCAGAUACACUUUUUUCAAACAAAAAAAAUGAUUCUUUUGCUAAUGACUUGGCACGCGCACAAAUGUUAUUAGAAUAUCUAAACCUCGAAGAACAAAAUAAGAAAAUUACCGAAAAUGAGUCUCUAAUUGAUCCUAAUACUUUACAUUUCGAGGAUUUUGAUGGCGCUUACUGUGAUGAGGAAUCCGCUUCUAUGGGAUAUCUAACGCAUCAACAACAAUAUUACGAAAACAAAUUCGAUUACUAUUCGGACAGCAUUUCUACAAUUGACGAUGAAAGCCUACAUACAAUUGAAGAGGACGAAUUCGCUGCAUCUCGUCCUUUUAAUCAACAGUUAUCUAAGGAAUCAAAUUACAACGAAUUCAUUACCUCAAAUGGCAAAGAACUCGAUAAGAUGGCCAAUGGCAAUUAUUUUCUCAACAACUUUUCUUAUAAUGCCAACAGUAAUGACAAUGGUAAUUAUGUUCCAAUUGACGAAUGGAAAAAAAGCUUUUCAUAUGACAUUGAGGAGGAACUCAUUUCGAAUUUCGAGAUGACCUCGCAUAAGCGUCAUCGUAUUUCCAUGAUUAUGCAUUACGAACGACAGGUGCGACAGAUGGAGCAGGAAAUUGAAGAUCGAUUGAUUGAGCAGGAGGUUUUGGAGUGGGUAGAUGGAAUUGAAAUAUGA